AUGUGUAGCGAAGAUUCGUUUGGGCGGCAACGUUAUGAGGGAAUGGCAGAGAACGCGUGCUAUGAAGGCAUAUGCUCAAAUGGGAUUUGUCAACAACAGCCAAGAAAAGAAUGGAAAACCGUGACAUCGACAAGGUCGACCCCGCAAGAGCCUACGCCAACAAGGGUCUAUUUUCUAAAUGCCCAAUCCUUUCAACAACAAGGGAAUAUCGGCUACAAGGCUUUCACCAGGAACGCCUCGAAAACUGGAGGAAUGCUUGAAUCGGAACUGCAUCUGCCUCGCGUUAACUGCCGUGAUCUUAUUGGAACGGCACACGGGACGAUUGUAGAAGGCCCAUUUGCGUAUUGGAGAACAAACACGGGUGCUUCACUUCAGCGUCAAGUUGGCGAUGAGGCCGGCUCUCAUCCGAUCAUGGAUUCUGAGAUCAACCCAUUACUGCAAACCAACAAUCCAGCCUAUUUCUUUGCUGCACAACCAGGAGCACAGGAAUGUCCAUAUUAUAUCGGGUUCAACACUCUAGAGAUAUACCAUGGUCUCGUUCAUUCUUGGAUCGGUGGUAAGUCGAUAAGAUUCCUUUUCUGUGACGUCACUCAUGGAUCUUCUAGAUGUUUGGCUAGAAUUCGGUACGGGGGAAAUUGUACCGGUUAUGAGAGAAUCCAAAACGCUUGCCUUGAAAGUCAAUGUGAGUAUGGAGUUUGUCGCAAACAGUUGGGAGAUGUGAGACGAACAGAGCCAACAGCUAGAACGACAACAAAGCCACCAAAAAGAGCAACGAUCACCGCAAGACCAACGAUCACCGCAAGACCAACUAUUCAAGCAUACUACAAUCACCGGCAAAUCGGCAAAACCACUCAAGCACCCCGUCGAACGUAUCAAUCUAAACAAACAAGAGCACCCGCAAUGAAAUGUGGAAAUGAAGAAAGAGGAACGGGUAGAGACUAUCAGACAAAUGGACGAAAAUAUUGGGAUGGAAGGAGGUGGCAUACAACUUACUGGAUACAUCCUGGGAAGAAAAGGUUGCUGAACUGUGAACCCGUUUCUGUGCCAAGGCCAACACCGAAAAGCAGAUUGAAUAGUUCUCGUCAAUCAACUAGCUAUCGACAACCGAGCAGCUAUCAUUCACGAACAAAUAGCUAUACACGAAAUAUAUACAAUCGACAAAAGCCGAAAAACACCCGGAGACCGACGGGCAGAAGGUGGUGGGACGGGAGACGAUGGCAUACUAUUUACUGGGAAAAAGCUGGCAAAAAA